CUGGGCCUGGAUGGGCCGGAAGCCCCUGCACCCCGCGCCGCGGGCGGGUUUCUUCGCGCCGCCGCCUCCUGUGUAAGGGACGCUGAGGCUCCCCGCCGUGACCCCGCGCCCGAACAGCCGCUGAGGCCGGGUUUGGUCCCCAGCCCUGCAAACAAAAGCAAAAACAAAACAAAACAACCCUCUCACCCCAAAACCUGGCCAACCAAAAAGCUCGGAAAAACUGGAAGUUGAGGCAUGCGCUUGUGACAGGCCACUGCAGUGUGACAGCUCGCUGCGCACCCUGGCAGCUUCCUCUCCCUGGCACCUAACUGUCCUCUUGGGCUUGUCAGAAAAAUUACAGGAAGCCAGGUCAAUUUGGAUUUCAGAAAUGCCACAACAGAAACGUUUGGCAUAAGUCUAUUUCAUAUUGCAUGGGCUGAACUUAGGAUGUGUUGUCAGGCAGCUGAAACUGAGAGGGAACUGAGAAUUUAGUAUUUCAUUCCUAAGGAGGACAGCCCCACAAGGAGGUGGGUCCUGGUGCCGACAGGGAUGCGCACAUGCUCAGGAUGGCCUUCAGAGGGCAGGCAGGUGGGCGGGUGUGACCCCCAGCCUGGACUGGCACGUCCAGGAAACGCUGCUGCCAGCACCACAUCUGCUCCUCCAAGCACCUGACUGAGGGCAGAGUCAGGAGAACAUUCGUGCCUCUCCCUGGGGUCCUUGGAAAAGACCUGGAAGAACCCACCCCAGGCCUGCACCUCACUCUCACCUGCUCGGGAACCCUAAAGCGGGAAGCCCCCUGACCUUGGAGACCUGGUGUGAACAGCUGCAGACCCAAACACCACUUCUCCAUCCCUGGGGAGCAAGCUGAGGGCUCAGGGGUCCAGGAGCCAUGGCUCCUGGGAGGUGGCCUCCAUGCAGAGCGGGUGUGGGAAGCACGCCAUCCCAGCACUGUGCUUACCGUGGUCUCCAUGCAGCCUCUCAUGACUUUCGAGAUGCCCUGAAGUGCACGCCCAUAGUAAUCCCAGAUUAACUCAUCUCAAGGAAAAUGAGCGGAUCCAGCCUGCUCACGUGGCCCUCGAGGGACAGAGCCGGAUGUGGGCCAUGGCCCGUGGGCUUGGCAUGGCUCCUGGGCCCUUGGCAGUCUCCCAGUGGGGCCUCCCUCCUGCGGCCCUGUAUCUCUGCACUCUGGACAGUCACAGGGUCGCCCUGUGGGGACGCUGAUGGACGGCCCUGCCUUGCCAAGUGAGAGGACCCCUGCUCUGGGCACUUGGCUUCUCUCCCUAGGGGCUCCCGGUGGAGAUGAGGUUCAGUUCUCACUAACGCCCGGACUCUACGAAUUUGGUCAGGUUUUCCUCCCUGAAGUACAAGCCGCUGUGGCCCAUUCAUUUCUUUUUUGAGUUGCUGGGGGUGGAAGCCAGGACCUCAUGCUGGGUAAUCGCUCUGCCACUGAGCUCCAUUCCCUGCCCUGUAGAUUUUCCAUCUGAGAAAGGUGUCCACAGCCUGGAAUAGGCCGGAAGAGUCUCCGUCACCUGAGUCCCAGAACAGGACACCGUUUGGCCUGCAGUGGAGAAGACCGUGGGUCCCCAGAGAACCAUGGGCACCAGGUUCCACUCUCUCUGGAGCUCGAGAGGCUCCACUCCAGGGGACCCAGUGUCCCCAGCCUCGUGUUGUCUUGGGGAAGCGGAGCCAUUUGGAGGAGAUGGCAGGGAGGACCCCAAGGGGGACAGCUGUGCAGUCCCCAAGCAGUGGCCGGUCUGUGACUCAUUAGCUGUGUUGCUCCAGCCUUCUCACUGAGGACACACGUAUGUGGACACACACACAUGUGCACACACACAUACACGCCAGCUUCUCAACUCUGAAUCAGCUUUGGCAUCAGGCUGGGGCUUCCUGCAGGCUCUCAUCACCUAAGUGGAGAAAGAUACCUCUGCCCUUUGGAGAAUUAUCUUCUCACACAUCCUGUUCCGUGGUUUGGAGGAUUUGGGGGGUUUUUGGUACCGGGGAUUGAACUCAGGUCCUUGCGCUUGCACAGCAGGCGGCAAAACCACUGAGCUAAAUCCCCGGCCCUGGAGGAUUUGUAUUAACCGGAGCUCCCCUACCCUGUACUGGGAGUUGAACCCAGGGCCUCUGCACUCAGCAACAUCCCCAGUCCUUUGUAUUUUUUAUUUUGAGACGAGGUCUUGUGGCUAAGUUGCCCAGGUUGGGCUCAAACUUGAGAUCCUCCUGACUCAGCCUCCCAGAGUGCUGGAUGAGAGGGGUGCACCACCACAUCAGCUGAGACUUGUCUCUUAUUCCCUAUAGUACAGUCCCCUUUGUCCCCUAUAGUUCAGGACACAGGUUUGGCAGCCAGGAGUGCAGGCUCAUUGGGCUUUCUGAUCCCUGCCACAUGGCUCACUGUGGGCUUUCUCAGCAGUGCUGGGUCCUCCCGCUAGAGGACCCCUCAGCCAGGAGCCCUCUCCUCACCUCCCUGCAUGUUCAGUGGCACGAGCAAGUGGCUGGGGACAGAGAUGGAGACGAGGAUCAGAUGGCAGCCAGUGUGAUCUCCCCUGCCAGGCUCAUGAGGGGAGGCCCAGGGAGCUCUGGGGAGGGAGAGGAACGACUGGUGGCUCCUGCAGGCUGCCUCGGGCCAGGCACCAGAGUUAACUGAGUGUGUCAACUUGAGUACGGAAUGCCCAGCCAAAUGGGAGCUGCACAGUUCUGCGCGCAGCUGAGGGCUUCACUGAAGACGGGAGACCCAGCUGGUGUGUGUGGCACCAACCCCAGGGCUGUCGCCUGGAGGAUGUAACAGGACGGAGUGGAAGUCUAGGACAUCCUUAUGUAUCUCGUGUCUUGCCUUACCGCUGGGUCUUUCGGGAGCACUGACUGACACAACCUGGAAUCACCUUUCGGCUCCCACCACGAUGCAGUGCACGAUCCAUGAAAUUUCCCACACACUGCGGGAGGCUGUAAAACGGAAGCUGUGGCAGCCACGCCUUCACGGGAGCCUCACCGGGGCACAGGCUCUUGCCUUUCUGAGCACCUCCUGUCCUUUCUGGCACCUGGGGCUGAUUCUUUUUUUUUCUUGGAGAGAAUCUAAGAACUUUAUUCAUAAUAGCCCCAAAUUAGGAACAGCCCAAAUACCCACUAGCAGGAAGGCUGUGUGUGCAGCGUCCUGCGCUCUGCUUCUACCGAGCGGCAUCAGGAACCUGAGGCACCUGUCUCGGCGGGGAGCUUCAGCUUUCCUACAUCCUCCGAAGUGGCUCUGCCACGCUGCCUCCCUGCAGCACUUCUUAAAAGCCAGGCUCUGUCUGGGCUGCACAAUCAGCACAUUCAUCCGGGCCCCUGGGACCUAGCCAGGUGUGAUGGGGCACGUCUGUAAUCCCAGCACUCAGGAGGCUGAGGCAGGAGGAUCGCCAUGAGUCCAAGGACAAUCUGAACUACAUAGAGAGACCGUCUCAAAAAACAAAUACCGUGCCUCCCUGGAGCUGGAGGAUCUGAAGGGGGAGAUGCCCCCAUACCUGCGGGACCUGUGCAGCGAGAAGGCCAACGUCCUGGUGUGGCACAUGCUGCUCCUGCCUGUGCAGCCUCCCUACCACCUCAGGGCCUUCCGCCUGCGCCUCGACUUCCCCAGGGAGUACCCCUUCCGGCCCCCCACGGUGAUCUUCACCACCAGGAUCUACCACCCCAACGUGGAUGAGCAGGGCCGGACCUGCCUGCCGCUCCUCAGCAGGGAGAACUGGAAACCUCACACCAAGGCUGCCCAAGUCUUGGAGGCCCUCAGCCAUCUGGUGAACAGGCCCAACCUGGAGGAGCCCCUGCGGCUGGACCUGGCCAACCUGCUGGCCCGGAGCCCGGAGCAGUUCUGGAAGAGGGCUGAGGAGUUCACGCUGCAGUUUGGCGAGGACCGGCCCUCCUGAUCCUGGUGGACUGCGGCCAGGGCCCGGAGUUGGGGGGCGGGGGGGAUGCAGCCCGGGUCCCUGGCCCUGUGGGGUCACCUCUCCAUGGUCUCCCCUGAGCCCACAGAGUUAGGGUCCGGGUGGUUUCUGCACCUCUGCCGGCUUCCAGCACCUCAGGGCCCAGGCCCAGGGCGGGGCGGGUGCGUGGGCGGGGUCGGGUGGGAGCAGCACAUGGCAGUGUCCUGUUUCCAGCCGAGGGACUGAAAUCCACCGGACCCUCGGCCUGUGCAGAUUUAGGUGCCAAACCUUUGACUUUUCACUGAUGAACACACAUGAAGAAUGUAACCUCCGCCGCAGAAUCUGACCCCACAGCCAGCCUGGAGAUCCGUAGAGCCCAGACACUUGCCUGGCCAUUAAAGUCGCAGAAUUCCAGA